AUGAGGGGUCACACAGGAGAGAAGCCAUUUGGCUGCUCAGAAUGUGAUAAGUGUUUCUCGGAAAAGGGAAGUCUGACUAGACACCAGAGGAUUCACACAGGAGAGAAGCCAUAUAGCUGUUCCGAAUGUACUAAGAGCUUCUCACAAUCAGCAUCUCUUUCUUACCACCAGAAGAAUCACACAGGAGAGAAGCCAUUCAGAUGUUCUGAAUGUGACAAAUGUUUUUCCAGAAAAUAUUACCUUCUGCAGCACCAAAGGAUUCACACAGGAGAAAAGCCAUUUAUGUGUUCAGAAUGUGACCAGUGCUUUACGCAAACGACUCAUCUUAUUCAACAUAAGAAGAUUCACACCGGAGAGAAGCCAUUUAGAUGUCCAGAAUGUGACAAACGCUUUGUGCAAAAAGCUCAUCUUGCUCAACACCAAAAAGUUCACACAGGAGAGAAGCCAUAUAGAUGUUCGGAAUGUGACAAGAGCUUUGCAGAAAUGAAGUUUCUUGCUAUGCACCAGAGGAUUCACACAGGAGAGAAGCCAUUCCAAUGCUCAGAAUGUGACAACUGCUACCAUAUAAAAGGAAGUCUUACUAGACACCAGAGGAUUCACACAGGAGAGAAACCACAUACAUGUUCCGAAUGUAAUGAGAGCUUCUCAGUUUCAGCACUUCUUUCUUACCAUCAGAGAACUCACACAGGAGAGAAGCCAUUCCAAUGCUCAGAAUGUGACAAGUGCUACCAUAUAAAAGGAAGUCUUACUAGACACCAGAGGAUUCACACAGGAGAGAAACCAUAUAACUGUUCCGAAUGUGGCAUGUGUUUUGCAAUAAAGUCCAAUCUUAAUAGUCAUCUAAGAAUUCACACCGGAGAGAAGCCAUUCCAAUGCUCAGAAUGUGACAAAUGUUUUGCCAGAAAAGCUGGUCUUAAGCAGCACCAAAGGAUUCACACAGGAGAAAAGCCAUUUAGGUGUUCAGAAUGUGACCAGUGCUUUAACCAAAUGACUCAACUUAUGCAACAUAAGAAGAUUCACACCGGAGAGAAGCCAUUUAGAUGUCCAGAAUGUGGCAAGUGCUUUGUGCAAAAAAACUCAUCUUACUCAACACCAAAAAGUUCACACAGGAGAGAAGCCGUAUAG